GGUAUGAACGUCACACUUCCUGUCUUCUUCCUCCGUGUAACAUUUGCGCAACAAUGGCGUCCUGUACUGAGGUGUCUGCCACAGCCACUAGAGAGGUUCCGACCGCGAAGAGGGAAGAUAGACUCCGGAAAUUCCGAGAGUUACAUUUCCAACGGAAUGAAGCACGUAAACUCAAUCACCAGGAAGUUGUGGAGGAGGACAAGAGACUGAAACUCCCUGCUAACUGGGAGGCUAAGAAAGCCAGACUGGAGUGGGAGCUUGCUGAAGACGAAAAGAAAAAGGAAUGUGCGGCCAAAGGGGAGGACUAUCACAGAGUGAAACUGCUUGAAAUCACUGCUGAUGAUGCAGAGCGCUGGGAGAGGAAGAAAAAGAAGAAGAACCCAGACCAAGGAUUUGCAGGCUAUGCCGAGGCCCAGUUCCGACAGUACCAGAGGCUCACCAGGCAAAUCAGACCAGACUUUGAAGGCUACGAGAAGCAGAGAGAGGAAUGUGGCGAGGACUUCCACCCCACGUCCAAUAGCCUGAUCCACGGCACCCAUGUCCCCACAAAGGACGGCAUUGACCGCAUGGUGGAAGAUGUUGAGAAACAGAUCGAGAAGCGGGCUAAGUACAGCCGGCGCAGGGCCUACAACGACGACGCAGACAUCGACUACAUUAACGAGAGGAACGCCAAGUUCAACAAGAAGGCGGAGCGUUUCUACGGCAAAUACACUGCGGAGAUCAAACAAAACUUGGAGAGAGGCACAGCUGUCUAGUUCCUUCAGUCCCCUCAGUGUGGCUUCAUUUAGAAGUUUUGGAUGCAUCUUUUUCUUCUCUGUACAAUACAUGUAUUAAAAAGCUAAAAUAGACUCUGUAUUUUAAGGCCGUUGUGUCACAUUUUAUUAUAUGCUGGGGGUAUUUUGAACUGAAAGAUCAUUCAUAUGCUGUGUGGUGUUCCUUUGUACAGUAUUGGAAGUUAAAACAACUGCUAUGAUUAUCCGUACCCUUUUUAUUUUUAAAUAAACCACUUGGUUAUCUUGCA